UUCCGAGCGUCACGGAUAAAUCCAAUUUCAUAAAGAGUCACGUCGGGGUCUCUCAGGCUCAACUUCUUUCAUCUUUUUCUCUUUACAUGACUGGAAAGAUUCAAAAAGCGGCAUGGGCAGUCAUACUGACAACUGCUAACAAGUACGUUGAUGGAAUUGCGGUACUUGCUCAUGCUCUGAAAAAGCAUGCAUCAAAAUAUCCACUAGUGGUGCUGUACACACCAGAAACGGUGCCUAACAAAGUGGUAGCACGGCUUUCUAGCUAUGGCUGCACCAUGGUAGCAAUUGAGGCUAUUAAACCACUGACUGCUGUGGAGUACAAGUUUGAACGCUUUGCUGAAACUUGGACCAAGUUGCGCGUUUGGGAGCAGACCGACUAUGACCGACUUGUUCUGAUGGAUGCCGACAUGCUGCCUUUACAAAAUAUGGACGAAUUGAUGACAAUGCCGUUGACAACCAACGUUGUAGCUGCUUGUCAUGCGUGUACGUGCAAUCCUCAAAAGAUAUCUCAUUACCCGUCAAACUGGACGCCAGCCAAUUGUGCAUAUACAGGGUGCGACCCUAAAGCAGGAACUUCUAAUCCCCCAAGUUUAGAUAAGAGGGAUUAUUUCAAUAGCGGACUGAUCGUCCUUUCUCCCGACCAAGAGAUAUUCCAGAGCAUGCUUGAUAAGCUAUUUCAUGCUAAAGACUUAAACAUAUACAGUUUUCCCGAUCAGGAUUUUCUCAAUGAAAUAUUCAAGGACCGAUGGAUACCCUUGGCUUACUCGUAUAACGCACUGAAGACGUUGCGAACGUCACACUCUCCUAUGUGGCGCUUAGGGAACGUCAAGAACAUUCACUAUAUCCUUACCAAGCCAUGGGAUGUUGACCCCAGUUCAGAGCCUGACAUAUACUUUCCACUUUAUCAAUUGUGGUGGAACGAACAUAUUUCUUUGUCACUUUCAUCCGCAUAGUACCUUGUCUUUUGUUAAGGCCAUAGUUGCAACAUAUUAGAUUUUACUGACUUCCCAUUACUGAAAUAAUUAAUUUGGACCAUCUAUAAAUAUAUUACCAGUUAGUCUAAUCCACACGAAU